AUGAGGAACAAGACAAACAUUAACAAGAAAGUCUUCUUAGCCGAGUCCCUUGAAGAACUACACUUGUGCCAAUGCAGGGUGAGCCCAGUCGAGAGCGUUCGGUUCAAAUGUCUACGCAAACUCACCGUCGAACAGGUCCAAGUUGAUGACCGCACUUUCGAGACGAUAAUGUUGGGCUGCCCUUUGCUCAGGAGCCUGGUCCUUAAGAGUUGUUGGGAGUUGAGAAACUUUAGGCUGAGCGAGGCGGCAUCGCCUAGGCUCAAGCACUUUGUAUUGUGUCAUACCAAGAGGAUCGAAGGGCGUAGCAUCGAAAUCGAUGUCCUAAAUAUCGAGACGGUCAAUAUCGCAGGCCCAUGGAUUUGGUCUCACCGCCAAAGCACAUUAUUGUUCUCCCCUCUCACGAGUUUGCGUCUCUAUGAUGUGAUCAUGUCGAGCAAGUCGUUCGACUGGUUAUCGUUCAGCUGCCCGGCUCUUGUGAGCUUGGCACUACAGUAUUGCUCCGGUUUCGAGGAAUUCCAUCUUGAAAGUAAUUCAGUUAAGUACUUGCACAUCUGGACCAAAGAAAUAUUGCUUAAAAGAAUUACGAUUUGUGUCCCGAACAUUGUCAAAUUUAAUUUCAAUGCCGAUAUUCUCCAGGUGCCGGACACAUUCUCUUUCACGACCACUACUUCCAAGGAGUGGUCCUCAAAAGUAUUCCUCUAUUCUUCACGUGAGGAAGAUCCUGAUUUUGAUGUCACUUCAUGGUUCCCUAAGCUGAGACGAUUGCUCAAGGCACUAAGUGGGUCUCAAAUUUAUCUGUCUCUGCAGAUGAACGGCGACCCUCAGAAUGUGCCCUGUAGUGCUGUUGUCAGUAACGAGCUGCCUGUGGUGGUGUGGAUCUUGGAUUUUACUACUUAUAAAUGUCGCACGGUGUCUUGGUACUCGGGCUUCACCAAUGUUUUGUUUCGUGUUUGUCAACCAAGUCAUAUAUGGGGUUGUAGUCUCGUGAACAAGUCAACCAAUAACUACAAGCUCUCAGAGUUUUAG